CCUGAGCGUCCCUGGGGGCAGCUCAGGAGGAACAGUCAUUAUUGCGCCAGUAUAACAUUCGCUUCCAGUUCUCUUGAACGAGGCAACGAGUUUUCGAGUCCACGAUAUCCACGAGAUCCACUAAUUCGCUAUCCGCGCGUUCAUAUAUCCACGUUCCUCUGCCCUGUCUUCACUACGGGAAAGGAAACCGCGUGGCCGCCCUGUAACGUCGAUAUAUUCGAUCGAUUCCCGCGAUACGAUGAGAUUGUUCUCGGGAAAUAACGAAAAUGUGACGUGAGACUGACAGAUAGGAGAGGCUUGGCAAUAGCGUGACACGUUUCACAGUCGAUCGUUCAGUGUGGCACGUUCACACCGCCAAAAUGACAGUGGGAAGGACCAAUUUUCACGCGUGCUUCACCAGUGCGCUUGUGUCGGUACUGUGCUUGGUCCUGGUGGCGCUUCGUGUCGGCCAGGUGACCGGGCAAUUAUUGGACACCGAGUUUCAACCGACGGUUACAGCGACAUGCAAGUCCGGUCAUAUGACGAUACGAGUGAAUCUAAAUCAGAGUUUUGUGGGCGCCGUCCACGCGAGAGAUUUUCGGACGCCGCAAUGCAUGGCGCCCGGAAACGGGUCGACUCACGCGACGUUGGCCAUUAAUCUUCUCGCGCCCAAAGGUUCCCCGGAUUACUGCGGCGUCUUGGUAAAUAACGACACCGAGGAACGGUCCAUCCCCAUCGCGGUAAGGAUACACAAGACCUUGGAGCUGGCUGACGAUAAAUUUUACGUGAUCACGUGCGGAAAAGCUGGAUUCAAAAACGCCAAGAACGAGACCUCGCUUGUAUCGUUGCGCCUUUUGGACGGAGGCCACAAAGUGCAAGAGGCUAUUUAUGGUCACAACUACACUUUGCGUGCUGAGAUCUCGCGACCAGAUGGUAUGUACGGGAUCAAAGUGAAGUCGUGCUUCGCGUUUAAUAAACGUAACUCCAGUGUGCAGCUGAUCGACGAUAAAGGGUGUCCCGUAAAGGCUCAGGUGAUGACGAAAUUCAUCUACGAUCGAAACACCGGCCUGGCGGAUGCGACAUUGUUCUCGAUGUUCCGGUUCUCCGAUAGUACGCAGGUGCAUUUUCAAUGCGACAUCGCCGUAUGCAGAGGAAGCUGCGGUAUCCCGGUCUGCGACGACGAUAACGAGGAAGAUAUAAAGGGAGCGUCCUUAAUUAAUAGGCAAAGCGUGAGCGGCGAGGAAGGAGUGCUUCUGGCCGGCACGAGCGUGUUCGUUCUUAACCCUGGUCAAACGCCGUCGGUUCAGUCAUUGUACGAGGAUGGCAGCGUUCACCCUGUAUGGCUGUUAUGGCUGGCGGUAGCUCUCGGCAUCCUGUUCCUCAUCAUGCUGAUAAUCAAUAUAUUCCUCUGCUCGGCGAUGACCUGCAGCUGCACCAGGACGGACAUUAUCGAGAAGGAGCCAUCGAUUAUCGAGGACUACGAUCCGUAUCGUAGCUGGCACGGAUCCCAAUACGGCUCGAGGUACUCCUUAAACGGGAAGCAGGGAUACGCUUCCGGAGGAUCUACGAUGAAUUCGACGAGGUCGAUAUCGACCAACAGCGACCACUACGCCAUAGUACAUUCGAGGCCCGGCAGCAGAUACUCGGGCCCGGGCCAGAAGCACCAUCAUCAUCACAGAGGGCCCCCAUCGAACAUCGGCUCCCAUUAUUCCGGGAAAUAAUAUUCAUCGAAUUUUUAAAAUAACAAAAAGAGGUGGAAGGAAGAAUAGAGACGAACUGUUAUUCCCUAUGAUGUCUCGAACGCAUAAUUCAAGCUCUUUUAUAACAACGCAACCGCGCGUAACGGGUAUCUAGAUUCAAUAGAGUCAUUGCUCACGCUGUUCAAAGACGAACUACAUGGACAGAGGUGUAGACAAUGGUUGAUCCUUGACUCGAGAUAAAAAAGCGAAAAGGACGCGAUAAUUUGCUUAAUUGUAGCCCCUUAAUGGAUAAUAGAACAAUAAUAAUUGGCCACUUUGGCCACGUUCGCUUCGCGUUGAGGAUUGACUUAUCUAAUUUGAUACGUCCUCGAUAGUUGAUAUUAAUGCGAUCAAAUUUAAGGAUGAGUUAUUUUAGGUAAAGUUUUGAAAAAAGAACGAGAGAGUGAUGAGUAGAGUGAAAAUUAUUAUUAUAAUUUGACUUUUCUGUUAAUUCUAUUUCGCGUUGUCUCCGUUAUUAAAAGAUUAUCUUUAUAAAUAAAUUUCUACGCGAUGACAAUAACAUCAAUUAUCGAGAUAUGACAAUUCCAUUUAUUAAUAGCUCCAUAUGUGAGAAGGUUUUUCAACUAGAUCGUAUAUGUAUCAUAUGAUAGUCAUAAAUAUAGGUACUAUCUUCUUCUUUUUUUUUUUUUUUUACAAUUUUGCGCAAUAUCGUAUUUGAUCAAACGGAAUUACAUACGAAACUUUUGUACAUAAUCAGAAACCAUCAUUCUUUGUGACCAACGAUAUUGUACAUCUACGGAAACGAUUAUUCUUGUUAUAUCUGUAUCGUUUCGUGCCGUCCAAAUAAAAAGUAUUACGUAUAACAAAAUUUAUAUUUGGUACAAGAAGAAAGUAGAGAAAAAUAUCCGAGAAAAGUUUUAAAGGAAAAAAAAGAAAUAUUGUAACAAUCAAUGAAACAUUCCGUGUUCAACAGUCACAAACACUUGUUUAAAUACAGUAAAAAAAAAAAAAAUUAAAAA